AUGCAGCCCGAUGCGCACAAUGCGUCAACGGGACCCAGGGCGCCGCUGGAGUGGGGACAGAUUAACUUCCUGCAUACUACGGAUACGCAUGGGUGGCUUGAGGGGCAUAUCAAGGAGCAGAACUACGGAGCUGAUUGGGGUGAUUAUGUCAGCUUCACGAGGCAUAUGAAGCAGAAGGCGAACAAGCUUGGUGUGGAUCUGCUGCUGGUUGAUACUGGGGAUCUUCAUGAUGGCGCUGGUCUUUCAGAUGCUACGUCGCCCAAUGGCCUUGUCUCGAAUCCGAUUUUCGAGAAUCUCGAGUAUGACCUCCUGACAAUUGGAAACCACGAGCUCUACGUCACAGAGAUCGCGUAUGAGACGUUCAAGAAUUUCUCAAAGGUGUAUGGCGACAAGUAUCUCACUAGCAAUGUGCAGAUCAAGAACCCGGCGACCGGGCUGUUUGAGUACAUCGGGGCGCAGUACCGAUACUUCACCACGGAACGAGGCUUGAAGGUCAUGGCGUUUGGUGUUUUGUUUGACUUCACUGGCAACAGCAACGUGUCGAAGGUCAUUAAAGCAGCGGAUAUGGUGAAGGAGCAGUGGUUUCUCGACGCGGUCAACUACAAGGAGCCUAUCGAUCUGAUUGUGCUGACUGGUCACAAUCCGGUCAGACUCAACGAGUCGAGCAGCUCUUUCGAUACGGUCUUCAGCGCUAUUCGCAGCCUGCGUCCUGACAUACCUAUUCAGGGUUUUGGAGGCCACACUCAUAUCCGCGACUUUGCUGUGUGGGAUAACAAAGCCACAGCAUUGGAGUCAGGUGAAUAUUGUGAGACAUUAGGGUGGCUGGCAAUGUCUGGCAUCAAGUCCAGCGCGAAGAAGGUCAAGACGAAUCCCAAGGGUGUCCCAAAUCCCACUCAAAGCGCGGUGCCACCUCCAAGCAACGGUACAGGCGCUGCAUUGCCUACAUCAACCUCGCCUUCAACUCUACGCUAUGCCCGACGCUAUCUGGACUGGAACCGUCGAACCUUUGCGUACCACGCUAAAGGCAGCCAGAACAUGGACGCUUUCGGCACCCCCAAAGGCGCCUCAGUCUCAUCCUCCAUCACCACGGAGCGCGCCCGCCUUAACCUUACGAAACUCUACGGCUGCGCCCCAGAAACAUACUGCCAAUACUGCAAGCCCUUUGGCGCCCCCGGCAACAUCUUCACCCUGCUCAGCACCGCCCUGUCCACCGUUGUCGUAAACGAGACGCGCAAGGAUACUCCCCGUCUUAUCAUCAUAAACACCGGCAGCGUGCGCUUCGACCUCACCCAGGGCCCUUUUACCUACGACGACUCCUUCAUCGUAUCCCCCUUCGCCGACGCAUUCCAAUUCCUCCCCGACGUGCCGUACGCCCAAGCCUCGCAGGUCCUGGGCAUCCUCAACGCUGGCCCCUUCCAGAAGCGCGACCUGCAGACCUCCGACUUCGCCUUCUCCUCUCCCGCCCUCCUGGACGCCGACUCCUGCAUCUCGCCCCCGCUGUCCCGCGACCUGGCCCACUCCCGCCGCGCGUUCCCCGCCGCCCGCCUGCGCCGCCGCCAGUCCACGGCCCCAACGCCCGGGUACACAACGCACGACGACUUUGGCACUGACGGCGACGAUACCCCGCACGCGGUGAUCCCGCACUACCCCCAGCCGAAUGAUUUGCAGGCCAAUGCGUCGUUCCCUGCUGACGGGACGCUGCCCGAGACGGUGGAUUUGGUGUUCUUGGAUUUCAUUGCCGGGGUGGUGGUGGAUGCGCUGAAUAGCGUGGGAGGGGCGUUUAACAAGGGGAGUGUGAGUUAUUACAUGGACAAGGGGUUUACGACGAAUAGCUACUUGCCGGCGUAUGCGAAGGUGGCGUGGCAGACGGAGGGGGAGUGUGUGGUUGGGGAGGGGGUGGGGUUUGAGUGA